AUGCAAUUUCUGAACGGCUACGUUUCUAGUCAAGCAGACAGCAUGCGCUCUUUCCUGCGUAAGAUCUCCAUUCUCCCCACCGGUCCCAGUCUCUUCUUGACCUCGCCCAUUUCGAAUGCGACCGACACCUCUUCGGGCGACGACAUCGCCGAGCGCCUCGUUGGUACCGCGGCUUCACAUGCAGCCUGUGGGGCUAGCAGCGCCUCAAUCCAGGCAGCCGACAACAGUGGUCUUCAUGCUACCAUCGACAUCGGCUACGAGCUGGCUUGUCUUCACACGAUUCUCGUUGAGGUUCUGUUUGCCCGAGCCCAGGGACUCGUCGUCAACACCGCAUCAGUUGGCGCUUGCAGUGGCCGUGCACCUCCUGCUCAGUGUCUGAGAACUCGACAGGUGAGUUCAUUUUGCUCGAGCGUUCGUCUUCUUUUGCUCCAUCGCGCUGGGCGAUGGAGGAGGCCAGUUGAGGCGAAAUCAAUGAUAUCGCUAAGGCUGAUCAUCUAA